AUGUCGACCGUACCAAGUUGGGAGCCUACCACCACGUCGAAAAUCUCCGGUUCCCGGAACAUACGGUUACACCAUGGAGUCGACAAUCUGCUCCUUGUAGGCGAUGGAGCUAUAGUUCUUGUUGGAGUCGUACACUUUCUUGCACGUUUCCCGGAACAAGCCGUCGGACACAGACAAGACGUUGGACUUGUGGGUCACGGUGACCGAAGGUUCCGAAUGGAGCGACUUGGCCGCCGACGCUUCGCGGAUCGCCUGUCUCAGCAAGGCAAUGUCAUAGGCGACCUUGGCGAUCCUGGCCGACGCGGUCUCGGUGAUUCUUUUGAUGGCCUCGGCCACCAAAGUGCCGUCUUCGCGUGUGUAGCUCUUUUCUUCCUUGAUGUACAAGUCCUCGGUGUUUUCACGCACAAUCACCAUGUCCACGGGUCUGCCGAUGCCUUCGACGGACUUGACGGGUCUGACGUUGGCGUACAAGCCCAAUUUCUUGCGCAAGGCCACAAUUGGCGACGAGUAACCGGCCACCUUCACUGUGGGAGACGAAACGGCUCCGAAAAGAGCGCCGUCACACUCGUUCUGCAACACGUCCACGGUCUCCUGGGGCAACGCCGUUCCGGUCUUCUGGAACAACUCGAAUGUCCGGCGCUCCAACGAGUGGACAAAGUCAAACUGCAAGUCGAACUUGGCGGGCAAGUUGUCUCCAACACGGCGCGGCCUGCUGGAAUGACCUCGCGGCCAAUUCCGUCGCCGGGAAUCAAGCCGAUCUUCAAUGUUUUCAAGGCGGGCGCAGACGAAGAAAAGGCGCGGCGGGCGUAG